UCCUCCGUAGUGUUUAUAGGCGUGAUCGCAAGCUUGCCGCCCAGCUGUAGCCCGCUGAUUUUAAGCAGGAUAAACGAAGGAACCUUUGUUGAUUGUAGCCGUGGUUCUUUCGUUGAAUUUUGCGCGCUAUUCCUGUAGCAAAAAAUAAAUACUGAUUGUGUGAAUCGGCGGCAGCGCUUCUUAGCAUGAAGGAUGGCGCUCUGAAUAACAACACGCAAAAGCAACUGGCAGUGAUGUCUAGGCCACCUCGUAUAAGGAAGAGAAAUAGGAGGAUAUUCAAUGACUUCGAGGACACAUCGUACACGCUAUCGAGAUCUUCAGCGCGGAAAUCGGCACGCAUCGCGUCGCCGAUUUCGCAGAAGACAGACGAUCCGGAAUGGACACCGGACAAGCGGACGGGUAACCGCAGCAUUAAAAAAGAGCCGCCGCCUCCUGUUUCGAUGCCAGACAAGCGAGUAAUCCAGAAAGUGGGCAUACGCCUACGGAACCUCCUGAAACUUCCAAAGGCCCACAGAUGGGUCUGCUACGAGUGGUUCUACUCAAACAUUGAUCAGCCACUCUUCAUGGGAGACAACGAGUUUUGUGGUUACCUGAAGCAGUCAUUUCCUUUGCUCAAGACGAGAAAGUUGACGAGGGUCCAGUGGUGCAAGAUCCGUCGAAUCAUGGGCAAGCCUCGGAGGUGCUCGCCAGCCUUUUUCGACGAAGAAAUCCGAGCACUUCACGAGCGGAGAAACAACAUUCGUCAGGUGCAGCAGCGGAGAACAGUGUCCAUGGAGAACUAUACCAGCCUUCCUGAUGACAUUCCACUGCCACUGGUGAUUGGGACCAAAGUGACUGCUCGCUUAAGAAAACCACAAGAUGGGCUUUUCGAAGGCUCUAUCGAUGCCGUCGACACACAGACAGCAACGUACCGCACCAAGUUCGACCGGUCAGGCCUUGGCACACAUUCAGUCCCUGACUAUGAAGUCCUGAGCCUAGACCCUCCUGAAACAAUGCCCAAGUCAUCCUUUCUACAAAGGCAACGGCCUAGGCAAGUGUUCUACCUGAGCCCUCCAAGGACGAUGUAUGGCCAUGGACCACAGCUCGAUAAUGAUCCACUCCUAGGUGCCUCUCCACUACGUUCUGGGCUCCAGUCCGUCGAUGAAACAUCCACUGUUGGCGGGUUCCCUGUCGAGUUUCUAACACUUAUGGUCCAGCUGUCCAAGAUCCUUACUGUAAAGAAGCAGAAAAUUGAGAAGUUAAGAGACAUGAACACUCAAGCAGAGAAGAUGACGUCGUAUGGACAGGUGAUCGAGCCGGAGUUUAAGAAGCGGUAUGCAGCCCUCAUCAUGGAGUUUGAGGCACUCAACAAAGAUCUGGAGGAAUCUCUGGAAGGCAUCAUGACCUACUGUGAAAGGCUGGCUCCCGAGCAGGGCCUGCAGUUCGACAUGCAGCCGCAGGCGAUCCGCAGCAAGUGCCUUAAUGAGGCCCGUGAACUGAUGCAGCAAUGUGCUGCCCCAGGAGGCAGCAUGGCGGCCACCCUGUCGGCCUCCUCCUCCUCCUCUAACGCUUCCCCUUCGUCCCAAUCGGAGGGGAGCGUGGCACAGCAAGCGCUAGACCUGGUAGCCAAGCUCACCUCCCUCAUGCUGCAGGUCAAGAACCUUUCCCAAGGGGACCUGAACUCGUUUGAGUUGAAAUCACUCAGUGAAGCCAUGGUGGACGUUCAGAACAGCGUGAGCCAAAGUAAUGUCGGACUUUUUCAAAACAAAGUUCAAAUACACAUCAACCACAUCCAGAACGGUCUGAGCCAGCUGGGAAACCUGCACGCGUUUACAUCAUCGUCUCACAACAUCUCCGUCUAAGCCCAUCCUCCAUCCUAGCUGUACUCUUUGCCUAGCCAGCUUCUGCUUCAACGGUUGCACUCAGUAUGGAUUCAUCACCUUUACGUGCUCACAGCCAUUAGGUUUUGUUUUUAUUGUUUGACUUCUGGCGAAAGCCCUCUUCGGGUUGCAGACGCUUUGAGAAUUGUGUGUUACAAGGAAACCCUGAAGACGCUGCAUGGUCCACAACGUUGUCACCAGCGAUGGAUCACUUGUAAUUGAGGGGUUCAUUGAACGCGUGUUCGCUGUAAUUAGAUGGCAAUGUUAUUUGACGUGUCUCUUUCAGCCCCAGUGCAUUGAUUUUGUUUGUCACAUUAAUGCAGAUGUACUUUUGAAGCCUUGUAGUUAUCGUGGUGCUGUUUGCAAACGACAUAUAGAACGACACGAGAUUUGACAAGUGAUGGCACGGACAUAUGAAUCGUUCUUGUGGUUUGCGUUGCCUUUUUUUUUUUUUUUCCUCUUUCUUUCUUAGGUUGUACAGGCAUCAGCUCAGUGGUCACAACUGCUGUGCUCGCUCUUCUUGUGGAAAUAAAAUGCCCUGAGUUAACUUGUGA